CCUUAUCCUACAGUUAGAGAACUUCUGCUUUGGGAGGAAUUGCCAAUUCUCACAUCUGAAGUCGGAUUAAGUGAAAUAAUGAGAAGACGCAAGUUGUUCCUCCCUUGUCAGUAAACAGUCAGACCCUGGAAUUAAGAACAUCACUAUGGGAGCACAGAAUUCUAAACCCAUCCACAAAAAGCAGUCUCGGGUGGUUAUGUUGGGUCUUGACUUUUCUGGAAAAUCAACAAUUCUUUAUAAACUUAAAAUAAAUCAAACAGUAGAGACUUUUCCAACAGUUGGAUUUAAUGUAGAAUCUCUAGAAAUAGCCAAGAAUGUUUUUGUAACAGUGUGGGAUGUGGGAGGCCAAGACAAACUGAGAUCAAACUGGAAAGAGUACUUAGAAGAUACGGAUGUCCUCAUCUUUGUGGUUGACAGUACUGAUAAAUCCAGGAUACAGGAUGCUACGGCAGAGCUGCUGACAAUAUUGAACAAUGAAAAUAUGGCUGGAGUUCCAUUCCUGAUUUUAGCCAACAAACAGGAUGUACCCGAGGCCCUUUCCACCAAGGAACUAGUCAAUGCUCUAAAACUAGAAAACUACGACGAUAGAGCAUGGGAAAUACAAGGAUGCAGUGCAUACACUGGGGAAGGAUUGGCUGAGAUGGUGAAUGCAGUGUUGCGUCUACUGAGGAAGACAUGAGACCCAUAAUUUAAUGUUUUAGGUUUUUGGUCCUUAAUCUAAAUUCAAAAUGAACUACAGUGAAACCUGUAUAAAAGACCACUUCUCUGAAAAGACCUCUUCUUUAUCUAAACCAGACUGCGUGUGACAGUUUCAAGUUACAUUAUAUACUGGCUAUCAUUGUUCAGAGAACCACUCCUCUAGAAAAUCAUUUUUCAAUAUAAUUAUGGGUGGUUGUUUCAAAGAUGUUUCUACUGUAUAUUGUUUACACGUCAACUUGUUUCAUUUAGUUAUAACUAUUGAUGAGUGAAGCAAUUAGUCUCAUCCACCAGGGUUCUACAUCUGUGAGGGAGUGUCCCCUUGCUGCUUGAUUGACAGGGCCGAACAUCUUGGCAGGCCCUGAUAAUUUCACGCCUAAGCACUGAGGCUCUGCGUCUUCAGCAGCCACUGUUCAUGCGCCGCUACCCAGAGGUGUAGUAGCAUAUGCACAGUCGCUGCUCUAGUAACAGAAGCAGAUACUCUGUGCUUGUGCUGCUACACAGAGCAGCUGUACCGGCGCAAGAGUAUCAGUUCUGGCCAAAAUGUCCUGCCCUAUCAGUCAAGCAGCAAGGGUAGUGUCUUGAGUUUUUAGGACACCCCCUCACCUCUUGCACUUAGUUGUUUCACACCAUGAAAUGCCGUGUAAUUUGCAGGCAGGAUGCCAUAGAGCAGGAGGAGCUGAGCAGAUGGAUAUAUAGUUUUAUGGGAAGAGAUUCAGUAAAACCUGUAAUUUAUAUAUUUUAAUCUCUGCUAUUUCAGAGCUCUGUAGCCAAGUGGGCAAUUUUAUCAAUGACUGACAGCUAUCUAUUUAUACAUACACAGAGAAUGCUAUCAAUCACUGAGAAGACAGUCCCUGCAUACAACUGAGCUCAGAAAGAGCAGAGAUAUAAAUGUAUAAAUUAUAAGCAGAAUUUUCACCCCACAAUAUAUAUAAUAUAUAUAGCUCAGCUCCUCCUGCUCUAUAAAAUGCUGCCUGCAGCUUGCACUCCAUUUUCAGGUUAACAGGUUCCUUGUAACAACCACUGUAUAGUGUUUUUAUGCCGGCUGGUCAGGGCACUGAUUGGGGGCCAAUAAACAUGGUAUUCAAUCAUAUGAUCA